AUGGAUCGUCUACUGCAAAUUCAAUGCCAUUUUACUUGGAACCUGCUUGGAGAAGAUGUAGACAUUGAUAAUGUGGAAGAAAGGCUAAAUGACCAGAUUGUCUUUUUGCCAGAUGCACUUAAACACAGGAUGUAUAACCUCCUGGCUUACCUGAAGCAUCUCAAAGGAGACCAUGAAGAAGCUUUGCUCCAGCUCCAAAAAGCUGAGGCACAGAUCCAAGAGUCCAGCGAAUCAGAAGACGCAGAUGUUAAGAGAACUGUCAUGUAUGGUAACUUUGCUUGGGUUUUCUACCACCAGAAGCAGUUUAUGAAGAGUUCCACCUAUGCUGAAAAGGUGGAGACCAUUUUAAAGGAAUAUGAGUCUCCUCCAAAGAAAAACAUUCUUCUGUUAGACAUAUAUGGUGAACAAGGCUGGACUUACUUGUCCUUUACAGGAAAAUACUAUCAAUGGGCUGCUGAGUGCUUUGAAAAAGCUCUAGAACUUGACCCAGAAGAUCCAGAAUCAAAUUCAGGCCUUGCCAUGGCUGUGUAUAGAAUGGAAGGUUUCAGCUUCAGUAGCAACACAGAAAACAAAUCUUUUCCACUCCUGGAAAGAGCUGUUAAAUUAAAUCCCACAGAUACAGUGGCGAAGGUUCUGCUUGCUUUGAAAUAUCUAGAUAUUAAGAACUAUGAUCAGGGAGGUAUGUUAAUAGAACAAGCUCUACAAGAACAGCCAGAAUCCCCUUAUGUUCUUCGAUAUGUGGCAACAUUUUACAGACGAAAUAGACAGGCAAUUAAAGCUAUUGAAAAUUUUUAA